AUGAGCACGGCCUAUCAUCCGCAGUCCGACGAUCAAACGGAGGUUAUGAACCGUAUCUUGGAACACGCCGGUCUCACCCCCUUCGAAAUCGUUUACGGCAAACCACCACCAACUUUGGCUCAUUAUCUCCAAGGAACAUCACCCAACGAAGCCGUCGAUUCAAUGAUAACUUCUAGACAGGAGAUUCAUCACAAACUACAGCGUCGCCUUACCAAAGCCCAAGACAACAUGAAGAAGUUAGCUAAUACAAAACGCUGGGAUAUAUCUUACACCGUCGGACAAUGGGUCUACGUCAAGCUACGGCCUUUCCGUCAACGCUCAGUCACGGGGUCACUACACCCAAAGCUAUCCAAGAGGUACUUCGGGCCCUUCCAAGUGAUGGAACGCAUUGGACAGGUUUCCUAUCCUCUUCAGCUACCAGAAGGGGCCUGCAUCCACCCUGUCUUCCAUAGUUCGAUCUUACGAGAGCAUCACGGCCCUCCUCCGCCGUCACCAGACACUUCACCACUACAGUUUAUUGCCCAGAAACCUGUUUCUCGCCCCCUUUGCAUCUUAAGCUCUAAAUAG